UCAUCACGGUGCGGCGUGUACUGUAGUUACUGUGCGGUACAGUGGUGUGUGUCGUCACGUUACAGUGUUCGAUACACGACGAGUGAGCAAGCGAGACAUUCCUGUUAUCUUUUUCGUAUGUGUUAUUUUUUGUCGUCGUCGUGUGCCAUUAUCUCGAAACGUUUGGUAGGUGGCUCAUUCUCGGUGGUUGAAGCCUUACAAUACAAAGUGGGCAGUGUUAGUAAUAAUGGCAGAUACAACGGUGGAUGCAACGCGGCGUCUUAACGUCAAAAAACAAACUCUCGAUGACGCUUAUGCAGCUCCAGCAAACUUUCUCGAGAUCGACGUUAUCAAUCCGGAGACUCACGGUGUUGGAAAAAAACGAUACACGGAUUAUGAGGUCCGCAUGAGGACCAAUUUACCUGUAUUCAAAGUUAAAGAAUCCAGUGUAAGAAGACGAUACAGCGACUUUGAGUGGCUGAGAAACGAACUUGAAAGAGAUAGCAAGAUUGUCGUUCCACCUCUGCCCGGCAAAGCGUGGAAACGUCAAAUGCCUUUCAGAGGGGAUGAUGGAAUUUUUGAGGAAGAUUUCAUCGAAGAUCGAAGAAAGGGUCUAGAAAUAUUUGUCAACAAAAUAGCGGGUCAUCCUCUGGCACAGAACGAACGGUGUCUUCACAUGUUUCUGCAGGAUCCUGGGAUAGAUAAGAAUUAUGUGCCAGGAAAAAUAAGAAACACGUAGACGUCGUAGUUCGGUUCAACUGCAAAUAUUUGAUCUUUUAUCCGUCACUUUAAUACCACCUGUAGAUUCCUAAAUUCUCCAUUCUAAUUGAAUUUGUACUUGUGAAAAGUAAACACUAAUUUUUCACAAUCAUGAUGAUAGUAAUACUCAAAUGAUUGAACAGUUAUGUUGGUGAUUCGUGAUGCUCAGAGCUCUCGUUGGAAAAAUUAUUUGUAUGAAUUCAACUGCUUUUUUUCGGUGCUACGCGAAUGAGGAGCUUAAGGAUCUGUCUAAGGUGGUAACGAAUAUUUGCAAGCUUACCUGAUCGUUGAUCAGGUGGCGAACGUGUAAAUUGUUACGUCGAUUCGAAGUUAUGAGAGAAACGGAAGCAAAAGAAAAAAAAAUUAAAAACAGGACACGAUAGAUCGGAUAAGAUCAUUGUAAAAUCGAAAAAAUCGUUGAUACGGAUAUUUUCUUACAUGUCCGAAAGGCAAAAAGACAAAGCGAGAGAAGUAAUGUUAACGAAUACAAAUUCGACCAUCGAUCUGAACGAAAUUUCAUUUAAAAUUGUUGCAAUAAAUAUGGAUGUGUAUAUAUACGAUAAUACAGAGCGUAUCAGGUUGAAUGGUGAAUAAUGUAAAUUGAAGAUAAAUAUUCAAUUUCAAAUUGACAAAUUUAAUACAAUUUUUAAAUCGGACACCCACCUGAAGAGAUUUUAAUUAUUAAAAAUAGCGAUCAAGGCUCGCAUUCCCAAUAAAAAUACAGUCAAAACUGUUAUAAAUAGAAUAAAAGUGUUGAAAAAAUCCAUGGAACCGGGACUAUGGAGCACAAAAUUUUCUACAAGCGAUUUCCGGACAAAAUUAUUCUGAAUUCAAUUAUUUAUUCGUAAUAGCAACGCUGCAAAUAUUUUUCGCUGUUCACUCGCUUAUCCAAUGUUUCAAAAAUCUGAUUUGAGGAGCAGUUACGAUGAGUGUCAAUGACUUCUUCCUCUUCGAAUUCCUGCUCUACCUAAUGAAUCCUAUGCAAUAUUACUCAAUAUCUCCACAAGUUUGAAUACUCUCUAUUGGAGAACAAUUACUAAUGAAUUUUUUUGAUUACCAUCUUAUCGUGAGGCAAUUCGGUUCACACCUCUGUACUUGCAAUUUGAUCGUUCAAUUAAAUAAUCAAUAUUAGAGACGGUCAUUCAACCUGGAAUGCCCUGUUCGCAUAUAUAUUUCGAUGAAAUUGUGUAAAUUGAAGAAGGAAGAGAACCAUGACAGACGAGUGAAAUUUCUGAUUAACGAAACAUACCGGUAGAACGUAAUAACGGAAUCUUGUGUAUCUUUAUUAUGAUGAGUUUAAGGAAAAGAAAAAAAGAAAAAAAACUGUAUAUGUAUAGUCUUAAUAAUAUUUUCGUUGUUCAUCUGUGUGUCUAUCACCGUAUUUAAUCGUGCAUUGAUAUCGGGAUUGAGAUUCAAUUGAUCGAUAUAAACUUUACUUUCCAAUGACUAAAAUGGGAGGUGAAUGAAAAACAAUGAUGUUUGUAUUUACAACUUUUUGUACGCGAGCAAAGAAAAAGUAAACGUCAAGAUGAAUUAUUGAUUACUCAUAACUGUUAAGACACGAGUAUAUUCUUGUUGGAAAAUAAUUUUAAAAAGGAUUAAUGAAUGAUAGAAGGUUACAAAGAAAAAUAAUUGAAUAAAAAGAGCUUGCGCAGGAUGUGAUAGACGAUAAGGGUCUUGAAAUUUAUUCACGAGACUGUGAACUAAUGAUUUUUCAUUACGUAUAUCGCGCGACGAACGUGUUUUGUAUUUUUUUCCUUUCUUUCAAAUCCAAUGAAUUUUCAAGUGUCGUGCAUAACCGAAGUUGUUUGGCAUAUGAAGUAAAUUGUUAAAGCAUUAACAAAGUCGUAGGAAUGAGAAUUUCUAUCCACGUGGAAAAAAAAUGAUCGAAAGGGCUUUCGUCCCAUUGAACCUUUCGUGAGGAGUUAUGCCUCACAAAAUCCUCGUGCAUCCAACCGUCGAGCGUUUGAACUUGAAAUUCAAUAAAACACAUUUAAAAAAACAAUUCAAAUCGUCCCAUUCUGAUUGGAAUAAUAAUGUACGUAUUUCUUGUAAUCCAAUGAAAUCUUGUAUGAUUAAUCUUAUUAUUAUUUGUACAUUACGACUAGAUUCGUCAGCACUUCAUCGAAAUUACUUAUUAUAUCGUACUGUGGAAAUAUGUGCAUCGUUCAUCGGUGCAUCUACCAUGAUUUUUCGGAUUAUUAUCAAUAAACAUAUGAAUAAUUUUCAACGAUAA